AUGCGGUGCGACAAAUCCUCGCCUAAGAAAAUUGCUCUCACCGUGGAAGCUCCAAUUUGGAAAUCAUACCUGGCCGUCCGUUCAUACUCGCCAAGAACUCAGGCCAACAACGCGGCGGAAAAUGGGAAUCAAAAUACUUACAACCAAAGUUUGCGUGCUCAAAAGCGUAUGAGGUCGCUUUUGUGUCGUGGUAAAAAACAAGAGCUCAAAAAUGGCAUCUGGAUGACGCUAGGCACGCAGUUGAAGACGCAAAGCGUUGGUCGUGAGGACGCCGAUGAAGUGUUGACAGGUAUUCGCAACUAUUGGAAUGGUCUUAGCGUCAAUGAGCGCCAGCAGAUAUUGUUUCUGGACGAUCCCGAGCUCGUUACGCAACUCUACAAGCUGAAUCUGAGCUUACUUUGCGUUGGGCUUCUGCAGCGCCACCUGAGAAAGUCAAAUCGAACAGCCACCAUCACAGCAAAUGUUAGCGAGAAAGAGGUCGGUACUAAAAUGACGGUUAAAGCGUCUACAAUCCCAACCGUUGUCACUGCAGAUACCAUGCACCUAUCGUCGCCACCGAUGUGUGCAACGACAGCUACGUCCGAGGAAAAGGCGUAUGAGCUUCUUGAAGCGAUGGAGUUCAUGGAUAUUGGUACUGGUAUUCUUACGGUCAAAACGGACCUUGUUGAGACGACAGACUAUUUUUUCACACUUGGUGAGAACGUACUCACUGGAUUCUUAACGUCAAUCCACGUGCUUAAAGAUAGUGAGUUCACAAAACUUUUUGUCAAAGAAAGCGAAAUGAUAAACAGUUGGGCUAACUACCAGCGUCUCAUUGCGAUGCUUUUAGAGCAGCUUAUUCUGCGGAGUUACGUCUUGUAUUUGGAAAAUGAGGCAGUACACAAAAUGGAGGAGUUAUUGCUCAUAGUUUCAUUCGAAAACAAGUCAAAUGAUAAUGGCGGAAAUGCAUCUUCUUGCCGAAAAAAGAAAAACAAAAAGAAAAAAAAGAAAAAAAAGAAAAUUCUGACAGCUUCUGCGAGUACUACUCACCACCGAUACAAUACUGAGGCUGUAGAGUGUUGCUCCAAUAGCAUAUUAUUAGGAGACAUAAACGACAAAGCCAUGGAGGAGGAGUCAAUUACUAAAGCAGUGUCUGAAGUCAGGGCAGAAGGUGUCUAUCAGUCAAACGUACCAACAGCUUUUACCGAGAAUGGCAUCGAGAGUAUUUAUCAAGUAAUGCCCGUAGACGUGGAACCAGUCUUGAAAAAAUUAUCAAGUCUCAAUCCUAAUGCCCUAGCUUUCCAGCCCCAGGGUUAUGUUUCAGAAGUAAAAGACGUGAAAUGUGGUCGAAGCCCACUCGCUUGCAAACAAAUGUUUGAAACCCAUCGAGUAAGUGUGUCUUGGGAAGAUGUCGAGAGCGAUGCAGGCAGCGCAAGUGAUAGUGAGACUUUUGACGGAGACACGUUAGAUAUUGAAAAGGAGGUUGAUGGAAUCAGCUUUCAGCGCCCGUGGCGAAGGAAGCUGUGUAGACGAGAAGAGGACGCAAAAUUAGAAUGGCAGCUGCAACAAGUAUACUUGUCGACAUCGUCGCUGUUCGGUUGGGACUUUACGCGGCAGUGCAAGCUGUCGGACUCUAGCAUGAAAGUACCUUGGAGCGAGAGAAAUCUGUGGAGGACGGCGCCAGAAGAGGUGGUACGAUUCUUUUCGUAUACUAACGGCGAUCCAUACGCCAAAUUUCACGCGUCUCAGUGUGCCCAUUUCUUGCUCGCGACAAACUCGGUCUCCAAAUGGUUUAUAGGUGGUACUUUGCUGUUCUACAAUACGUUGAAACUAUCAGACUACAAGAAUGAUGGAUGGCACUGGCAGAAGCGUAAGGACAAGGGUGAACGCGUGCGUGAGGACCGCGCCAAGCUUGUGAUUAACCGAGAUGUCGUCAUUCUGGGGACGUAUGUACACUCUGCCGAAAUUCCUACAUUUCAUCGAAGAAUUUAUUCACUGCGCGAAUCGAAGGAGAGUAUCGUCCUUGUUCACUAUUUUGACGAGGUCAACAAGGUAUAUGAGACUUGUCGCCCAUCUUUACUAUUAAAGUCGAGCCUUCAUAGCACGUCCCUAGAAUCUACUCAGUCCCAGCGGGUUGCCAAACCUUGUACUUCAACAAUAGAUGUCAUUCCACACCUUCGGCAGUCUAGUCUACCUGAAUCAUCAUUGAACGCAGCAAGGCAUGAUGAUAAUUAUUCCACAUCAUACCAAGUUUACUCCCCAUAUAUUGAUGAUGCGGAUCUUCUAUUAUCAAAUAAUGUUGUGACAGAUGGACUUGUUAAUUUCUUCAGUGAGGACGAUCCCUUUUAUGAUAUGUCCAUAUUGUUGUCACCGGAAAAAUAUGCCGACAGCUCAGGUCAGCAGACGUUUGAGCAGGUCGAGAUUUCGGAUUUUUCACCAGAUUGGGACUUUGAAAAUGGUGGAGCGAAGCUACUUAUCUGCUUGGCAGCAAGUCUACCUGAAAUAGCCGCUCAAGAGCCAGCAGCAAUAUUCGUGCAAUUUGGGACUGAACGAGUUCAUGCUGAAAAAAUUUCAGACACGGUAUUGCGCUGCACUGCUCCACGUUCGAAAAAACUUGGAAGCGUUGACAUGUUUGUGUGUCAUUGGCAUGAACCGCAAGAAUGCAUACAACUGUCCCACAAGAAGCAGUUUACCUAUCGAAACUCCUGUCACGUGUCACCUCUCUUUACAGGCAGUAUUACAAAUAAAUCAAAAGAAGGAUUUUAUGAUGCUUCUGAUCUAUCAUCAUCAUGCUCUGCGCAUGCUGGUAAACGCGUUCGAUCACCUUCUCAUCUUUCUCGAAGUAUGUCUGUAAAACAUUCGAACGAACGAUGCGCUGGAUCUAACAAGAAUCUUUCGACGUUUGUCGAGUCAGAUCUGGACGAGCGGCAAUGCAAGAUUCGAGUCGUGGAGCGACUGUCUGAGUUUCACCAUGCAAUUUAUAUCAAUUCAGCCAGUGAGGUCCCAUUGCCUUCUGCUACCACGAGCAUAUACAGCAAGGACGAUGAAACUGGGAAAUCAGAAGAGGAUUUGUCUUUACGAAAUAUAGUGCUAACCUCCGACUCAUCGACCACCCAAGCGUCUUACGAUGUACCCACCCAACAAAGGACUCCAAUAAUUGCUUCUACUGAAUCUGCUAUAUCAUCAACUUCUUCAAGCGAUACAUUUAUUGCAUUAGACGACCGCGCUAUCGAGGCACUGAGUGAUCAUGAAUUAGAGCAGCUUUCGGACGAAUUACUGGAGCGUGUAGUACGCCAACUUGUGACUGUCGCACACACGAGCGAAGAGCUGCUGGAGGAGCUGAAUUCUUUGGAUGAAACAGGCUUGAGCUUGCUGCAUUACGUGAGCUUUUACAACUAUUCACAAUUGGUGCCAGUUCUCAUAGCUCAUGGCGCUCACAUAAACCAGCAAAGCACUCAAGGGCAAACAGCACUUCACCUAGCAGCCGGAUGUGGCCAUACUAACGUAGUGGAUGUGCUACUGCAAUCUGGGGCAGACUUGCAAUGCCGCGAUUUCGAUGGUCUUACUGCUGCUGAUCGCGCGGAAAAGUCAGGACACGCCGAUGUCGCUGCCAAGUUGAACCACCAGAUUGAAAAUGAGGCUUUCAGUUUGCCCUGUGAUCCAGUGGAUACUUUUUACUGCUCUCAUGGAUCGCCAAUGGAUCUGGAUAAUGACCUGACACCCUAUCACGACGCCGGAGAUUUGGGCCUUUUAGCAGAAAUAGAUUUCGUACAUGCUGCGCAUCCAUCACAGUCUUCCAUUGCCAAUUGUUGCGAAUGUCAACAUGACACGACGUCAUUAUCAAAGGCGACUUCCUAUGUGGGAGAAAAUCAAGAGCACAAUCGAAAGUUUUUGCUGGGGGCCUUUUCGACGAUGAGUUUACAUGAUAAGUGUGCGCUGUCGCUAACAAUUUCGCGCGAGUCUGGGAGUCACGUUGCUCGACGUAGAGACAAUAGUGUUGGCGACGAAAAUUUUCUUUCCCCUUGUAGCAGUAGUACCGGAACUUCGGUAGGAUUUGGGUCUUCACCGGCAAGCAUGGUUGGCAUGGACGCCAGUCUUGCUGGAGGACGAUUAAUGCUGUCUGGUAACGAGAAUGACUCGGAUGUGCAGAGUGUGAUUGCUGAAGAUGAGGAGAGUCUCAAUAAACUUCAAGCAGCAAUGGAACUCAUGGGUCCAGAAGAAAUACAAUCGUUAGAAGAUGAGGUGAAGGUACUUCAGCAUGGCAUUCGAGCAUGGUUGCUCAAAAGAAAUUGUAGAAACAUGCGUGAGACGACUAUACAGCUCCGCGAAGCUACUCAGAGUAUUGCGGACCAGCAGAAGCAGCGAGAAGCAGCUGAGCUUGAAGCUUUCAUGACAAACGAGCUCUCAGACCGUGAGCGUGCAGCUGUGACUGUUCAGGCAGCAACUCGCACCAUGCUGGCCCGACGUAGUUUUUUGCAGGCAAAACACGUUGCUAUCAAAUUUCAAGCAGCCACGCGAGGUAUUCUUUGUCGCAAAAAUUUUGCGCGAAUGAAAACGCAAGCUUUAGCAUCACUGGUGAUCCAACGUAAUGUCCGCGAGUGGUGGAACAAGCAGCCAGCCGCUACUCGCCCAAACACCAUCGAACACGACAUAAAUGACGAAUUUGAGAAUUUUCAUGAAAAAGGAAAUUUCAAUUUGUAUGUGCAAAGCGAAAGCUAA